CUAGCAUCGGGGCAGAUUGCUUUUAGGAAGGGCAAGUCACGUGCCACCGUCUGGUCGGAAGCGAGGUUAGUAUAUGAACUUCCCGCCAUCUGCUUUCAAUGUCAUUGUCAAGAACAUUGCAUGGCUUCUCUCAUUCCCUGCAGGAGAAACGCUGGUCCAUUCCGACAAGCUUUUUUCCGGUGAGAUAAUCCAGGUAGCAAUCGCCCUACCUCGUAGCAGCGGAGUCUGUUGGGAACGUUGCUUUGAGAACUUACGAAGUAGGUCGCUCUUUCUGCUCUUUAGGGAGGUGACGGACGCUUCGAAUCCGGCAAGCUAUUAGCAUUCAGAGCGCGCAGUGAGUUUGUUUCAUACAAACAAUAGGCCAACGUGUUCGGAAUUUGUUUGGGUUUUGUUUGUGUUUGCGGAAAAAACAUGGAUGGACUUGGCCCGCUUGAGGAGCUAGACGACGAGGAGUUGGUUGAUUACGGUUCGGAAUGCGAGGGCGAUGAGCCUGAAGCUCAGUUGGGGGAGGACGGCGUGGCUAUGGAACUGGAGCCAUCCCCUGUUCGUCCGGGAGGUGAAGAAACGGCAGGGUCUUUCACAAGGAACGCUUUUGAAGAAGGGAAGGUCGAGGGGAGUACAGCUCAAUUGCAGGAGGAUGACUUGGCAGGGAGCAGUGGAAAGCCAACUGUUGAUCUUAGGGAGGUGAUUGAACAUGCAAAGAAGUAUCCCAAGCAGAGAGGCGCCGGUCCUCAGGACUUGGAUCAGAUGGUUGAGGAAGCCAGGGGCGGCAAAGCGGAGAACAAGGGGCGCAAGCGGCAGAGGGCUGAAAAGCUGGAUCCUGCAAUGUUCAUAAAGGCUGCCAGUACGCGGCUGCAAGAGCCCAAGCUGGGUCUGCUUUGGCGGGCCCUCAAAAUCCUAGGAGUGGAACCCAUGCAACAGCUGAUGGUCGAGGUUGAGGCGAUUGAGAGGGCUGGGGGCCAGCUCAUCGCGGACGGGUCGAGGAGGCGGUCGCCAGGUGGCGUCUUCUGGAACGUGGUCAAGCAGAGGGUUAAGCCGGAGGUGUACACUAGUAUCUUCGCGGAAGAGCAGGCCAAAAGCAAACAACGGAAAAGGGGAAAGCCGAGCAAAAAGCGGAAGAAGCAGGAAGCCGGGGCUGUUCUUCUCGAAGGUAUUGUCGACCAGCCUGAAGCUCCUCUUGUUGACUUCAAAAGUCUAGUUACCCCGGACCUGGGAGGUUUGGAAGAAGCGGAGAAUUAAUGACAAACACACAUUCGGCAUUCGCGCUUUGGAGGGGCAAACGGAACUUAUGGUGUGCCACACAGACUGAACGAGUGUAGCAAGGAUGCAGCCAGUGCAAUAUGGGCAAAUGCAGG